AUGCCUAAAGUCAAAGUACCGAUUGAAGAUCUUGUAAAUAGUCGUAAUCAGUCACCUGAACCAUACACCAAACCACUCAUCCCACCUCUCAAUACUGGGAGAUAUACUACUUCCUCUACUAGAUCAACACUCAAGUUACCUGUAGGAGAAGAAAGGAACAAUACUGUACAAGAGAAAGAAGAGUACUAUAAGAGGUUGAAUGAAUUACAAAGGCAUUGCACCUCACCCGACCCAUUGAACUGUAUCUCCUCUCCUACACGACUAGGACUGGAACUUGCACCACCAACUGCACAUCGAUUCACACUCAUUGAUUCGUAUCGACCAAGAAGAGCGCCGGUCCAACCUCUCUUCCCCCCCGAAUUUACACCGCCGCUCGAGCCUGAUUCGCCCGACUUACUGGCUCUGCCCCCUCCACCCCAGCACCGGCCCGAGCCAACAUCAAAUACUCUUGUUGAUCAAGCAUCCGCACUUUUAGAUCCCGAAUUGAGUCACCACCAAGUCCCAAGCGCUGAACCAACGCCAGACUUAACGGCGGCAACAAGGUUAAGACCGAAACCAAGCAGAUCAUCUGGUCGCAGGUCCAUUCCUCCUCGACAACACAUCACUAGAUCUCGCUCUCAGAUAAUCGUAUCUAAACCAAUCCUCCCUCUUGAACCCUUCGAACCUGAUCCAAGGGAAGCUCCCCCAUCUGGAGAACUUAAAUCGACAGAACCUCCCACAUUAGGAAUCACCUCAAGUGUAAAAGACACUAGCCUCAAGCCUGUGAACUCAUCCUCUUCGUUAUCACCUUGUCCACCAAGCGAAUCAUCUCUCUCUUCAGCUCCACCAGAUUCACCUUCGCAACCGGCAGUAUCAAAUACCUCCUCCAAGUCUACUAGAUCUACGCUUUCGGCGAAUGAUCUGAAAGUUAAACUACCUUUACCAUCGCUCAAGAAGCAGACGCCAGCGUCUUCAAGUAAGAAGAAAGCACCUGAUAAACCUAAACCUAAAGGUAAAGGUAAAAACACCAGAGAUCGAUCUAAGGAUAUCCAACCGGCUAGAAGUAACGAGGGUCAAGUGUGUAUAGUAGAUGUUGAUAGGCAGAAUCAACUGAAUCACAGGAAAGAAGUAGAUCACAUCAGUGAAAGUAAUAAAGAAAAACUUGUGGAUAUCGGACAUAAGGAUCUCAAGUCAGAGGGUCAAAUUGAAAGAAGUCAAACCAAUCAGGUGGUAGAAGGUCACACCUACGGAUCUCUCAAUCAAAGCUAUCUGGAUUCGGAGAACAAAGAGCAAUACGCGAAAAUUGGUGAUAACAUCGACAAUCCUGAGACAUUUGCAACAGAUCCCGAAGAAACUGUUGGAUUCAGAAUCGAGGCAAGCCGGGAUUCUGGUGACAUCGGAAAAUCAGUAAACGUAGUCGACCACCUUGAAGCAAUCAAACCUUCGAAAAAUCCCCCAGAUCCACUUCCUCUGACAACUUCAGCCAAACCACCUUCUGGAUCAACUAAUCAUACUGGACAGUCCACUACAGCCAAAUCUCCCAUCCUACCAGGACCAUCAGUCCGUUUUGAACCGCGGUCGGACGUACUCCCAACACCACCUUGUCUACAGCACACUCUACCGCCCAGACCAAUCAUUCCCCCUUGGCGUCAGGAGCAUCCACGUUUUCCCCGAUCGCCCGUGAAAAACACUGCACCGGCUAGACAUUCCACAAGGAUCGCCCUUCGCUCAGCAUCUAUUUCUAGGCCUGAAGAAUUGGAACCGGGAGAGAUACCUGCGGAACAGAAGAUUCCUGAUCCAGCUGGCGACACUAUAAGCGAGCAACCUCUGGAUACAACCGCUUCAUCCAGAUCUCGUUCCACCUCGGCUGUCAAGGAUAACCUCGAAUUCGACCUGAAUAAGGCUAUCGCAGUCGUCACCAGUAAAUACCCAAGCAUUCCGGUGAUCCCUCCCGUCCAAGCAGUGACCAGUCCGAUCGCAUACGACGUUCCAAUCAUGUCACCCUUGCCAAAAAGACAAAGCAGGAGGCCUUCGCGAUUCCAAUCACCUUUGAUGGAUAGUUUGGAAUCUCCUCCGCCUUCUGCUCCAACACCUAAGCAUUCGGCGCCUACGCCCGAACAUGAAGGAUUUAGCGACUCCAGUUUAACACCUCCACCCACUUCUCAAGAUCCAGCUUCUGCUCUGUCUACCGCGGUGCCCUCGACUGAGGAAGCUACAAAGAGAGGUAGAGGAAGACCUCCCAAAUCAAUCGGACCAGUCGAAGAGAAACAAUUGGACAAUCAAGCUAAAGGAAAAGGUAAAGCGAACUUCGAUACAAGUCCAACCCCUGCAAAAGUCACACCCGACAUCAAAAUUCCCAAAAAGGCUGGUAGACCAUCCAACAAACGUCUUAUUUCUCCUGAUCUGGUCCCUCAGUCUAGCUCGGCAUCGAAUACCGAAGGUAGUGUCAGUCCAACCAAAAUUACUCUCAAGCUGAAUGUGGGCAAGAGCACCAAGUCAGAUACUCCUGAUUCUACAUCUGAUGCUGGGAAGAAGGCUGCAAGGAAGCAAGGUGGAGGAAAGAAGAGGAAGUCUGAAUCGCUCGAACCAGAAAACAAAGUCACUCCUUCGGGGCAAGUACCAAAGGUGAAGUUGAAUUUCAAGGGUCUAGGUGAAUCUGGUCAAUCUUUAGCCCCUGCAACGCAGCCUACCACUUCGGAUAAGCAAGAUGGACGUCAAGUCAAGAAGCCUAAGAAGAAAGCAGCUCAACCAGAAGAGCAAGAACCUCAAGAGAAAGCUAAGGCAAAACCUCAAGCCAAGAGGACGACAAGGGAUUACUCUAGCUCGGUGUCUGAAUCAGAGAAAGAAGAAAAGGUCCGGCAGCCCAACAAGAAGAAGAGAGUUCAGAGAGUGGUAGCGGAUGAGGAGAGCGAAGACGAAGAAAAUCAUAUCGAAGGGCAAUCUGAAGUGAAGAAGAGUAAUAAGACACCGAAGAUAGCAGAAGAGACAAAAGUUGUGGGGACUUCUACUCUCAAAGCACCUUCGGCUGCAGACGUAACUGCAAGAGUACAUGAUGAGGUGGAAAACACCUCAAAAUCGCCUGGACAGAAUGAUCGAUCGAAAUCGUCCCCAGCACCCAUUGCGAAGCCACUCAAGAAGAAGCCUCGACCUUCUGAGCCGUCCAAGAUCAUCUCCAAAGGUCCAGCUACUCCCAUCAACAAGUCUGAAGGAUUGGCAAGAUCGAAGUCUACCACUCAACUCGGUCAAAAUCAUGGAGUCGAAGAAGGAUCGAGUAGUAGGAAGGUUUUACCUGUCAAGAAACCGAUUGCGGCACCUCGACCUAGUGGAACUCCUGUGGCUGUGACCGCAGCUAAACCUUCAGGACACGGUAUGGGAUUAUUGGGAAAUACCUUGGCUCUCUUACAGGGCACCAGUAGUACUCCCAAAGCCAAAGAGUUGAACAAGAAGGAUGGAGGGAAAGAUACGAAGAAAGAUGUUAGUAGUCCGCAAGUAGCGAAGAGAGGCGGAUGGGGUGGAGAAUGGGUACUAACUCCUCAACAACAAAAAGAAUAUGAUGAUAGUAAACCUGAGAGAGACGCAGCGAGAAAGAGAAGAGACGAAUAUAGGAAGAACCCGGUGAACCUACAGGAAGCUAAAGAUGCGUAUAAGGUCGAUGCGAUGCAACCCCGCACCAUACCUGUUCCUGGAUCAAAAGGUAUCCAGACUUCUGGUAAACCCUCUGAGAUGAUGGCUGCGAUAUUAGGGUGGUGA